AUGAUAACUACUAUGGCAGACGACUUCGAGCUAGGUGCGUUCUACAUAGUCUCCCUGAACACAAGACCAAGUUGCGACAACGAGGCUCGUCCUUGGAGAAUCGGCUCCUCCUCAAAUUCACCUCGCAAACGAGGGGGCGGUGGAAGCGGUGCAUUUAGUCUUCGCCGCGGUGCCUGUUUUUCGUCGACAGGCCAAACGCAAUCAUCUCUGACAGGCUCAUUGGCUGCACCAACUAGGCCUAGCCUGGCUCUACCACAACCGACUCAUCAUCACGCUCCGCUACCAGCCGCUCUUGCCUCCACUCUGACGACGUCGGCCUCUUCAAACAGCAGCCUCCCAGGAAAUGUCGAUCUUAGCUCAGUAGGCUCGAUCGUUUCAUUACCGCCUCCUGCCUCUACGACAGCAACCACAGCAGCGGCAGCUGCAGCUGCUGCGGCGGCUGCAGCGACUCUCCCUUCUAGUUCCUCCACCCGCCGUCUUAGCCGUACUAGAGGCCGACCACGAGGCAGGCCAUCAGGACCUUCCGCUACACCCAUUAUUUCUGACCAUUCACUCGCUGCAUCACCCCCUGCCGAUGCUUCUGCUAUUGGCAGUUCUCAGCGUGGCAAAACCAGGCGCGGUAGACCCCGUGGUUCAUUCUCUGCCACUGCAGUUUCGCGAAACCCUUGCAAUUCCCCUGCAGGGUCUGCGCCUGAGGCGGGGCCUAUUCGCCUUAUAAUUCGUCUCGGACCAGCUGGGAAGCGGACUACUACUACAAUUUCUGGGUCUGUAGUUGAUUCUUCAAUUGAAAGUGGAAGAUCGGUCCCUAAUAGCUUGUCGGGAAAAGUCGAAGUUUCAAAAUCGUCCGUCAUCGCUGCAUCCAAAGCCUCUUUACCGGCCACACAAGUCCAGAAGUCUGAGGAUCCCUUGGCUCCUUCAAACGACCGGACUGUCGGCAGAGAUUUGGUUGCCAAGUCCUGCAAUAAAGUUGACGUUGAGUUGGCGGAAGAAGUAGGCCAAAUCGAGGAUGGGCAAGGGGUUGAUGAUGAAAGCGUUGUCGAAAAAGCACCGAAUGAGUCUGGCGAACAUAAGUCUGAUGAUCAUUCUUGCGUUUUUAUGGUUGCUGGUGAAGCCGAAACUUUUAUUGAUCCCAAUCAGGCUCGAGUGCGUCGUGUAAAGAAUAAAGCACCAGCUUGCGAUUCUACUGACUGUUUAGCAUAUACUCCAGCUGACGGGGGAGACGGAGGCUUUGGCCGGGGCAAUGGCUCUGGCUCUGGACUAGGCGGCGAUGGCCUAAUUGGCGGGGGCGGUGGAGGUGUGAAUGCUCUGGGUGAGCAGCAUUCAGACGGUCCUGUCGGUGGCGAUUGUGUUAACAGUAGUGGUGGUGGCUGUCUAAGCUGUGGUACUUCUGCCGAUCGUCGGAUUGGUGCCCUGGCAAACUCCAUCUUCACUCGAUCACUUUCUUCUGGCGCCGAUCUACUUGGAGUCAGUUGCCUCGAAUCGCCUGUUUCUCGUUUAUCACAUCUCACACAGUCAUCCUAUUGCCCUACGAGCCAGACAUUUUGCCCCUGUAUGAGCAUGAACAGACCUUUACUUGUCCGCAAACAGUCCUUAAGCGGAGGGCUAAUAUCGAUCAACCAGACCGCCGAUGGACCUACAAUGGAUUUGGUAGAGGAUCAGGUCGAUCUAGAAAGCCAAGCUAAAAAAAUGGUUUGUACUGUUGGUGACUCCUCCAAUCCUUCUGACAAUGAUACAAAUUUUUCUGGACUGCGCCAGACGCCGUUACUCCCGAUUUCGGUUGGAAAACGGAGUCGUGACCGUCAAACUCACCGCCAACUUCGAGAACCCCAAACAAAGCUCUCUAGGCAUAUCCAAAAACGCCGUCAUCCCAGCGACCUAUCUGAUAGCAACUUGCCUACACGACGAUUCCGUCCGCAUGCAUUGUCCUCUUCUAGCCUUGAGGCUGAAGUCACUGAUUCUUCAGAGCUCCGAGACCGAUUGGAAGGUAGCUGCAGUGAAGCCGAGGCAGAUUUGGUUGAGAAAAAGAUCUUUCUCACAGCAAGUGGACUAAACUUCCGGUCCGGUUGCGAGCUCACUAAGAGACUAGAUUCACAAGCAGAGCCACUUCACGAAUACUCUUGUGAGACUACACACUACCCCGAAGCGCUAUCAAGAUCAUCAUUACUUCGACAAUUUCCUGCUUCUCCUCUUAGUCUGACCUGUGGGAGAGACCACACCUCUGUUCAUAACCAGACGCUACUUCCGGACAAAUAUUCAUUGACCCCUACAGUACGCCCUUUCGGACCUGGCUCUCUGACCGAUAUUCGCGAGGGGAUAGCCGCACCCGAACAGCGGAUCUUAAUCGAGCAAAAAGCUUUAAACAUCAACCCCAGUCAUGUUUUUGAGUCCGGGCCGGGACCAGAGCCCGGGCUCCUUUUGACCUCGUUAUUGGCACAGACUGCCCUUCCUGGUUGCGGAAAUGGCAGCAACAGUAGCAUUGCUGGAGGAGGCGAUCAUAGCGGUGGCUGUCCUAGCGGCAGUGGCAGCAGCACAGCGCCUCCUAGUACUGGUAGUCCCCCGGCUUCUUCCACCGGUGCACCAGGAAGCAGUGGUGCUCAGUCAGUAACAGGCGAUAGCCAAAUCCUGGUCAGGCCACAGACCCCUGGCCCUUCCGAGUCGGCGGCGGCAGCGGCAGCCACUGCCUGUAGUGCCAUACUUGCUAACGGGGCUCAUCCCAUCUCCAGUUAUUGUGCUACUGAAAUUCCUUCCACUGCUAACACGAUUCCUGAUCUUUCGCUGGUUGGCGAGAGCGUCGACUCCGCACCUCCACUUCUUGCACCGCCUGCAUCAGUUUCUCCGAGUCCUCCCAACACACCCUGCCCUAAUGUUAAUAUGGGACUUGUCACUCGUCCAGGGGAAAACCAAGUUCCUUCAUCUCAGUCUGAGACUACAUUCUCUAUUGGUUCACCACCAUCUAAAACUAAUUGGUGUAGCCAGAGUCUGGGAAAUACAGGAAUGCAACAGCCAUUUCAUACUUCUCGUCCUAGGCCUCUAUCUGAUGUAAAUAUUUCCUCAUUUAUUUAUCUUAUUUGGUUAGUUCAACUCCCUGGCUUUUAA